UCGGAGACGAGAAGAAGCCGCCUCGCUCGCUCGCUCGUGCUGCCGUAGUAAUGAUGUGCUUCCUCAGCUGCGAAACAACUCGGUAAACGCGUCAUAUCGUGUUUAACGACUCCGCUUGGUCCGGUUCGGGUUCCACGUUCAGCUCCCGGUCGGAUUUGCCGCUGACUUUAUAAUUUAGUGCGCAGAUUAACCGCUUGUUUCCUCCUGGAAUUUGUCGAUCUUUCCAGCCUAUUCAUAGCCCCGCUCUUUGUUUUCUUCAAGGGCUUGUGAAGAUUGGGAAGUAACUCCCAGGCUCCGUGUUCAGCGUGUAGUUACCCUGAUCUGGCCAAUGCUGGCUGCAGCUACAGUAUGACCAAAGCAGCGUCUGCUCAUCUGGUAGUUCUGGCAAAUGAAAAUGGAGGAGGUUUCAAUGUCCAGCCUGGACAACAGCAAGCUGGAGGCCCUAGCACAGGACAUCCUGUCUGACCUGGUGGAGGAUGCAUGCCUGGGUCUGUGCUUUGAGGUCCAUCGGGCUGUUAAGCAGGGAUACUUCUUUCUGGAUGACACGGACCAAGAAAGCAUGAGAGACUUUGAAAUCGUGGACGAGCCCGGGUUGGACGUGUUUGGCCAAGUCUACAACCAGUGGAAGAACAAGGAGUGUGUUUGCCCCAACUGCAGCCGAAGCAUUGCCGCCUCUCGCUUCGCCCCUCACCUGGAGAAAUGCCUUGGGAUGGGACGAAACAGCAGCCGUAUAGCAAACCGCAGAAUAGUCACUGGCAACAACACCAACAACAAGUCAGAGAGUGACCAAGAAGAUAACGACGACGUCAACGAUAACGACUGGUCUUACGGCGCAGAAAAGAAAGCGAAGAAAAGGAAAUCAGAUAAGAAUCCAAACUCGCCAAGAAGAUCGAAAUCCUUCAAGCAUAAAAGCAGUACAGCAAGUAAAGCCAGUCAAGAUAAUGAAGCCCACGCACCACCCAAAGACUCCUACACUGCUUCUGCAAGGCCAGUGGGUAUGAUGGGUCCUAGACGUCGAAUGGACAACCAGGAGAGUCCACGUAUGUUGAUGAAAGAUGAGACAUUCUCUCAGUAAUGCACUUGGCCACAAACACAUUCUUUUAUCAUUUGUGUGUAGACAAACACACAAGGAGACCAGUGGCACUUCAGCUUUGGUUCUUUAUGUUGUCAAACCAAUGGAUGUGGAUGUUUCUAGGUGACGUUUGGUGUGUUUGCUGCUCAGCAGAAGCAGCUCAGAAAUCCUAGUCUGAACUGUUUUAGUCGCAGAAUCAUUUUACCAAAACUGUUUUUUUUUUAUUUUACUUGUGUUUAAAUUUCAGUCCUAAAAAUGACUGUUUAUGUAUAUUUUUUCCCCAGAGAAACUGAUUUAGUGGUUGAGCAGGAACAACCGUUUCAAGCGCAACAAUCUGCACAAGCAGUAUUUUGUUUGUAAAACACAGAAAAGCUUAGACAUUAGGUAAACUCAAAUGUCCUCACUGUUUUUAUCACAUACCUUAAAAAUAAUGUCAAAGACAAUCAUGAUGAUGGUUUGUCUUUUGUUUUCAUUCGGUCAGGGUUACACGAGCAGCUCUGUUUGUUUUUCACCUGUGAAAACUUGUCAGAUAAUGUUCAGGAAAUGAACGGUUAAUUGUACAAGAAAGCUGCAGAAAGCAGGUUUUUUUGUUUUGUUUUUGGUGGAUAGAUCAGUUUGUUUUCUAGCAUUCAAAUAUGUCUUUGUAUCAUGUUUACAUUGUAAAGGGUUGCAAAUGUCUGUGGUGUGAAGUGGUAGUGUAAAUAUUCUAAUAGUUGAAAUGCUGCUAUCAUGACUCAGUUUGUUUCAUCAGUCUAGCAUAAUAAAUGAUUUCUUACCUGUCACAAGACUUUGGGCUCAUGAGGCGCUCGUCUGACCACCAGAGGGAGCGUUUGGUGAAUCCAAUAAACCUGUUUUAAGGGAAAACCUACUGAAUGAGUACGUCACAUUUAGAUUUUUAUCAAAUUUGAACAGUUUAAGUUAACCUAAAAGAAAAAGUCUGCACACCCUUUAUUAACCUCAAAUUCUUGUCACCCAAAGACAAAUGUCUCCCAGUAAAAUGAAGCGGCUUCAAGCAAACUUCAAAAUAAAACUUUAAAAAUGUU